AAGAGUCGAGCCUUCCUGAAGUCACCCAACUUAACUGUGACUAACUAGGGAGAGAAGGAAAGAGAGAGAAAAUUAGCAUCUGCGACAAAAUUCGUUAACCACUUUGUAAAUUAUAAGUGAUCUCAAGUGAUUUCUUGAUGAAAGAAGAAGGAAGUACAUACUUAUAACCUAUAACGUACAAGAUUGUUUAUUUACAUAUCGACUCGUAGGCACAAGAAAUAAAUAUUUCGUGGCAUUACAAUUUAUAAUUAACAUUGAGUAUUAAACCGUCUCUGUUAAAAAAAUCUAAACUUUAUUAUAAUAGGUCAAUAACAUAGUAUAAUAUGGUGAUAUGUUAACUUUGCUACGAAAAUCCUAUUCACGUGGGUUAACCUAUUUGUAUCCAUACUCAAUACUUGAUCAACAUCUGGUGAAAAGAUAUUCGCAACCGAAAGUAAUAAUAAAUAUGAACGAAGUUUGUAUAGUACACGACGAAGAUAGCGACAAUUUUCAAGUAUCGCUUCGAUAUGUUAAUAAUGAUUUAAAUAUCGACAGACAAUUCAAUUUUAGAAGAACAAUGAACGAACCCAUAAAUAAUUUUCUUCGAAGACUAGAUUUGAAUAUAAAUAAUUGUAUAACGAAAAAGCGCAAAAAGGGCAACAAACGUAAAGGGACUGAUGAUAUAAAUUCAACAGAAAACACAGUUGACAAUAUUGAAACCAAAAUGAUCAAAUUAAUGAAAAAUAAUUCAGAUCUUGAUGGUAAUGUUAGUUGGAAGACGAUGUUGGAAGACCCGUCAAAUAUAAAAUUGAUUAUUUUUGAUACAGAAUAUAUGUUCAAACGUAAUGUACCUUCUGUCACUAAAAUACAAUUACCAUCAUGUAUUUUAGUUGGCUUUCCUGCAUAUCCUUCAACGUUUGUAUCACAAUAUGUUGAUAAAACAAAAUCAACUUUUAAUUGGUAUAAAUACGAAGGUGGCAAAAGGAUUCACGUUGGAGAAGGUUACGUAUAUACACCAAAACUAUCUGACAUGGGUUGUAAAUUAAAAGUGUCAUGUAUACCAAGAAACAAUGAUCAGAUUGGACCUAUGAUAGAAGUUGUUUCUAAUGGUGUAGUAGAAGCAGGUCCAGGACCCUGCCCAUUUGAAACUAGACACACUUUUACUCAAAGUAAUUUAUCUGGAAAAAGUUUUAGAGUAACAUCCUAUAACAUACUGGCAGGUGUAUAUUCUGAAACUGGCUUUUCUAAAGAAACAUUGUAUCCAUAUUGUCCACAGUAUGCUUUAUCUAAGAAUUAUAGGAAAUUGCUAAUUCUUAAAGAAUUAAUAGGAUAUAAUGCAGAUAUUAUAUGUCUACAAGAAGUAGACCUCAAAGUUUAUGAAGAUGACUUAGUACCAUUUUUAUCUACAUUAAACUAUAAUGGCAUAUGUAAUCUUAAAAAUGAAUCAAGAGAAGGACUUGCAAUUUUUUAUAAUCGGGACAGAUUUGAUCAAUUGGAUUCAAAUUUUAGUAUUAUAGCACAUGAUACAGAUUCAAAUGAUUUUAAUACUACAUGGCUGCAGAUUCAAAAUGACAAUGUAAAACAAAUGUUUGUAGAUAGAAAUACGAUUAUACAGGCAAUAGCGCUGAAAUCUAAAGAAAAUUCAGAAAUCUUAAUUGUUGGCAAUACACAUUUAUAUUUCCGACCAAACGCAGAUCACAUACGUUUACUACAAGCGUAUUAUUGUCUAAUAUACCUCCAAACAUUUGCCCAAGAAACAAAACUAAAGAAUCCAGAAUGUAAUGUUAGCAUCUUGUACUGCGGGGACUUCAAUAGUUCACCAGAAAAUGGUAUUUAUCAAUUAAUGACUCAGAAACUUAUUCCAGAAGAUUAUGCUGAUUGGAAGUCAUGUCCUGAGCAAAUCAUAGAAAAUGUAACUUUGAAGCAUGAUAUUAAUUUAUCUAGUGCUUGUGGUACUCCAGAAUUUACAAAUUACACAAGUACUUUUUCUGGAUGUUUGGAUUAUAUAUUUUAUCAAACAGAUUAUUUAGGAGUAGAACAGGUAAUUCCAAUGCCAAGUAAGGAGGAGCUAAGUUUGCAUACCGGCCUUCCAUCUGUAGUGUUUCCAAGUGAUCAUAUUUCUUUAUGUGUUGAUUUAAAGUGGAUAAAAUAAAAAUUAGUUUAUCUUGAAAAA